UGAAUGCAUUGUAUGAACAAAAAUCUUAUGUAUUUAUUAUGUGUUAUAUUUGUUGAUUAAAGAGACGCCAAAAGCAGACAACAACUGAUUGAACCAUAUUUUGACCACUUUUUAGUCAUAUUUGAAGACUUCUUAAGCAUUGAUUGUUUAUCACAUUUAGUCAUUAUAUACAUAGUUAUCAUCUGAAAAGUAGUAAAGUGGGUGACAAUUGGUUACACUCGAAGACAAUUGGUUUGUAUUGAUCUGUUUAUUACAAUUGUUGACUUCGGUAAACAAGUGGACAAAAGAUAUGCCGCACGUCAUAGUGUUCACGCAUUACAAUAAUCUGGCCAAAGGUCCGACAUAUGUGGCCAACGAUGACACACUAUUGCUGGACUAUUUGGGCGCUACUCCGCCGCAGAACCCGCAACAGUCAUCGGUGGUGAACGAGUCGCCCACUCAGGUGUUGGACAAACUCGAGCAAAGAGGUUAUCGGGUGGUCGGCAUGUCGUCCAACGCCUCCGACACGUUCACCAGUUAUGUCUGGACUCUACAUAAACCCGAAGAGAUUGAACCCUUUCCUUAAAUUGCAACCAAAAAUGUCAAGAGGUUUGCAUCAGUUUAUAGACAUAUAAUGUCUUAACUUUUUUUGAUGUAUUACUCAACUGUUCUGUUCUCAUAUUUUAUCCAUUUUUUGUUAUCAA